AUGAAUCUUCGCGCUUUCAUCGUCUCGAUUGUAGCCGCUCUUGCUGCUACCGACGUCAUUGCUCUCAGCCACGAUCAAGUCCGUCCAUUCGGUCAGCCCUCACCUGUGUCCGUCUCCGAGAAGGCUGCCGUAAAAUUUAAACCCCAGCUUCACAUCACCAACGGAUGCCACCCAUAUCCCGCAGUAAACGCUGCCGGAGAGACGAGUGGUGGCCUGGCCAAAAGUGGCGCACCUAGCGCCGGUUGCAAGGGAUCCGGCUGGGGAUCGCAAGUCUACGGUCGCUCCACCUGGCACAAAGGCCGCUGGGCCAUCAUGUACUCAUGGUACUUUCCGAAGGACUCACCGUCCACGGGUCUGGGCCACCGCCACGACUGGGAGCACGUCAUCGUGUGGAUCGACAACCCAGACGUCGCCAACCCGAAGAUCCUGGCCGUCACGCCAUCCGCACACAGCGGAUACUCCAAGUACGCUCCCCCGAAAGCUGGUACUGUCUCCGGUAACACCGCCAAGAUUAACUACGAGAGCCACUGGCCUGUGAAUCACGCGCUGGACAGCACGGACAAGGGUGGAGAAACGCAGCCACUUAUCAUGUGGGACCAAAUGACGGACGCAGCGCGCCGCUCGCUCAACACCGUAAGUUUCGGAGACGCUAAUGUGCCGAUGAAUGACGGGAACUUCUUGCGGAAGAUCGGUAACGCGAGUCCGUGGUAACUAACUGCGAAGAGUCCAUGAGUGUUGGGCUUUAGGCCCCACUGCCAUCGUUUUUGCUGUUUAAAGACUUGAAUAUUGUCGUUGCCACCACA